AUAAAACAAAAAGAAAAUCUGUUAUUUUUUUAAUUUGAUAAAGAAUAAAUAUAGUCUAUUAUUUCUUAAAAAUAAAAAAAAAUAUUUAAAAAAUUAUAAAGAACAAAUAUUCUUUAUAAAUUGUAUAAAUUGAAAGGAAUGAUUAGGAAUAACGUAUUCCUACUUAUUCUUUUGGUCACUAUUUAGAUCCUUCUUAUACGAGAUGCUGAUGAGAUCCACAAGGAUUCCAGAUUUGUUUGUUAGUGAUUUCCAAAUUUCUUAACAGCAAACUAAUUAAGCAUUUCAUCACUAGGUAGAAUAUACAUAUCAGUGAUCGAUCAGUGGUGGAGUUAAAAUUUGUAUAUAAAUGUUUGUAGUUGAUACAACCAGGGACGCAGCCGCAGGAUUGAGAUUGGCAUUUCCUCAGCAUGGUUUUAUGUUCCAACAACUCCAUGAAGACAGCAGUCGUGAUCAACUCCCUUCUUGUCCUCCUCCCCAUAUCCUCAGUGGAGGAGGAAACUACACGAUGAACAGAUCCAUGUCGUUAAUGAACGUGCAAGAGGAUCAUCAUCAAUCAGCUGGUCAUGAGGAGAAUCUAUCAGACGACGGGUCACAUAUGAUGCCUGGAGAGAAGAAGAAGAAGCGGCAGUUAGAACAAGUUAAGGCAUUAGAAAAGAGCUUAGAGUUUGGGAACAAGCUGGAGCCGGAGAGGAAGAUACAACUAGUUAAAGCAUUGGGGAUGCAACCAAGGCAGAUAGCGAUUUGUUUCAAAAAUCAAAAUAGGAAAGCUAGGUCGAAGACUAGACAGCUUGAGAGAAACUAUGAUUCACUCAAAAAACGGUUCGAGUCUCUUAAAUCCGACAAUGAUUAUCUUCUUGCACACAACAAGAAACUCCUCGCUGAGGUAUGUAAUAUAUAUGUAUGCAUCUAUCUAAUAUUGUAUAUGGGAAAUGUACUUGAUUAAACGUUUGGUUUGAAUCCAAUAUCUCACAAAUAUUUCGAGAAAAGUGUUUAAUCUUUUUGUUA